AUGAGGAAUCCUCGAUCCGUCUCUUUUAUAUUUGGGAAAUACAAUUUCGCGAAGCAAAUCCAGUAACUAAAUCAAACAAAGCUCUCUCUUCCUGUGCGUGCCGCAAAAACAACAAGAAACGCAAAGGAAGAAAAAAAUGGCUCUGAUGUUGAAUCCUGUGAUCUUUCCUUCAGCCUGCGUGCUUCCUUAUCGUUCCAAUAUUGUUAGAUAUCCAAGAGUCACCAUGCUCUCCACUUUCCCCUCCUCUCCUAAAGAAGUCAACAAUCUAAAGAAGCCAUACGGCCCUCCACGAGAGGUACAUGUUCAAGUGACUCAUUCCAUGGCUCCAGAAAAGAUAGAGAUCUUCAAGUCCUUGAAUGAUUGGGCUGAAAAAAACAUUUUGGUGCUCUUGAAACCAGUUGAGAGUAGUUGGCAACCAAGUGACUUUUUGCCACUACCUCAAUCAGAAGGAUUCUAUGAUCACGUCAAGGAAUUGAGGGAAAGGUGCAAAGAGCUUCCUGAUGAUUAUUUUGUUGUGUUGGUUGGAGAUAUGAUCACCGAAGAAGCUCUUCCAACUUACCAGACAAUGUUGAAUACUCUAGAUGGCGUAAGAGAUGAAACAGGUGCUAGCCUUACUUCUUGGGCGAUCUGGACCAGGGCUUGGACUGCUGAAGAAAAUAGGCACGGUGACCUUCUUAACAGAUAUCUUUACCUCUCUGGACGAGUAGAUAUGAAACAGAUUGAGAAGACAAUUCAGUAUCUGAUAGGAUCAGGAAUGGAUCCUAAAACGGAAAACAACCCCUACCUAGGUUUCAUCUAUACUUCAUUUCAAGAAAGAGCAACAUUCAUUUCCCAUGGAAACACGGCAAGGUUAGCCAAGGAACAUGGGGACUUGAAACUGGCUCAGAUAUGUGGUUUCAUAGCUUCAGAUGAGAAACGCCAUGAAGGUGCCUAUACUAAGAUUGUGGAGAAGCUCUUUGAGAUUGACCCAGAUGACGCUGUAUUGGCCUUAGCUGACAUGAUGAAGAAAAAAAUCUCAAUGCCAGCCCACUUAAUGUUUGAUGGCCAUGAUGAUAACCUAUUCGAACACUACUCAUCCGUUGCCCAGCGGAUUGGAGUAUACACUGCUAAGGAUUAUGCCGAUAUAUUGGAAUUUUUUGUAGGAAGAUGGAAUGUAGAGAAGCUGACGGGUCUUUCGGGUGAGGGACGUAGAGCUCAAGACUUUGUGUGUGGACUACCGGUAAGGAUUCGAAGGUUGGAGGAAAGAGCUCAGGCAAGGGCUAAGCAAACAUCCAUUGUUCCUUUCAGUUGGAUUUUUGAUAGGAAAUUGACUGUUUAAUUAUAUUGCCUCUAGAUUGCUACAUACUACUGUUAGCAAGACUGUCUAUACUAUCCUUAUUUCAGAAGUACCAUGUGCUUGAGGUGCAUGUAUUUGUGAUACAUGUUUGCUAGAGUUGGUUGCAGAAAGAGGACAAGUGAAGUUUGAGUGUUCUAUGUCAGUUUGCCGCUUUUACUUGGGAGACUAGAAGCUUUCCUGUUUUGUCAAAACAGAAUGAUGAUGUAGGCUAUACAUACAUUCUCCCCAUGAAUGUCAGUGAAAUGAAAUCAUGGUUUUUUAUAAUAAUGAAUGUUGGUGUAGCUAUUUUAUACACUUUCUUCCCUUCACGAUAGUUUAAAUGAUUACCUUGAACUUUACAACUAUUUUUUCUAUUGGAUAGAAAAUGGGAGAGAAAUUGUAGGAAAUGGUUGUAACUUCAGAGUUUGUUAAAGUGAAAUGGU